ACCCCGCGGUGCAGAAAGCUGAAGACCCGUCCACGCCUCCGGAGGAGCCUACCCUUCUCCCCCUCCAUUCCGGCCUCUCUGGGUGCAGCCACUCUCCGGCCCGGGAGCUCAGGCGUUGGCGGUAAAUCAGAGGCGUGGAUGUGUUUACAAGAUGUAAGUUGUGCUCUUUACCUUGUGCGAGCUUCUUACGCCCCGUGGUGACAGGUGCAAAUCAUGGCACAGAAGGGCAGCAUGAAGCCAGCGAAGAAAAACAGAGCGGAGGAGCCAGAAUUGGAGCCCCUGUGCUGUUGCGAGUACAUAGAUCGAAAUGGAGAAAAGAACCACGUGGCCGCUUGUUUGUGUGAUUGCCAAGAUCUGGACGAAGGGUGUGAUAGAUGGAUAACGUGUAAAUCUGUGCAGCCAGAGACUUGCGAAAGAAUCAUGGAUACAAUCUCUGAUCGCCUCCGAAUUCCUUGGCUUAAAGGAGCCAGAAAAGUCAACAUUAGCAUCAUUCCCCCACUCAUCCUGCUGCCCGUCUUCCUCCACGUGGCUUCUUGGCACUUCUUCCUGGGCGUGGUGGUUUUGACCUCCCUUCCUGGCCUGGCUCUGUGGUACUACUACCUCACUCACAGAAGGAAAGAACAGACUCUGUUUUUCCUGAGCCUCGGACUGUUCUCCCUGGGCUACAUGUACUAUGUGUUCCUGCAGGAAGUGGUCCCCAAAGGGCGUGUAGGACCCACUCAACUAGCUCUUCUUACCUGCGGGUUAUUUCUGAUCCUCUUAGCCUUGUACAGAGCCAAGAAGAAUCCAGGCUACCUCAGAAAUCCAGCUAGCGAUGACACUUCUCUAAGCAGCAGCCAAAUCGAAUGCCUGAACAGAAAAGGGCAGGAGAAGACCAAAGGGUUCCCUGGAGCUGAUUCGUCAGGAAGUCUCAACAACCGCUCACUGAAGGAUGAACCCAAGGGCAUGUCCAGGAUGUUGGCUGGAAGCCCUGCCAAGGUGAAGGAGGACUGGUGUGCCAAGUGCCAGCUGGUGCGACCAGCCCGGGCGUGGCAUUGCCGCAUCUGCGGCAUUUGUGUGAAGAGAAUGGAUCAUCAUUGUGUCUGGAUAAAUAGCUGUGUUGGAGAAUCAAAUCAUCAAGCAUUUAUACUUGCCCUUUCGAUCUUCUUGCUUACCUCGGUGUACGGGAUAACGCUGACCUUGGACACCAUUUGUAGAGAUAGAAGUGUCUUCACUGCUCUCUUCUAUUGUCCUGGAGUUUAUGCAAAUUACAGCUCAGCACUGUCCUUCACCUGCGUGUGGUACUCUGUGAUCAUCACCGCGGGCAUGGCCUACAUCUUCCUGAUCCAGCUGAUAAACAUCAGUUACAAUGUGACGGAGAGGGAAGUCCAGCAGGCCCUUCGACAGAAGACGGGGCGCCGGCUCCUCUGUGGGCUCAUCGUGGACACAGGCCAGUACAAUCGGGGCUUCCUGCGGAACUGGCACCAGUUCUCCACCCUGGGCACUCGCCCAUUCCACCACCCUGCUGAGGACAUCGUCUGAAGUGCCUUCUGCGGGGCUUCCGGGAGGGCUGGCUCCUCCGUCGGCUCCUUCCUCCUGUACAUUUCCGUGCUCAUGCAGGAUGUUCGUUUUUAUUCCCAGUUUCUUAAAGGCAUUUUAGGCCAUGCUCAGGUUUAGAGACUGGACUGGGAAGCAGUUAAUCUUUCUGACAUAACAACUUAGGAGAUUUUUAUAUCGAAGCUGUGAAAGUAGAGCCAUUCCUUUCCAGUCACCUUAUUAACUAAUUCAACCACCAGAAACUGAAAAGGGUGCGGAUUGCUGAUGCACAAGUUGAUAGAAGCAAUACCCAUCCGCUGGUCUGCGAGAAAGAGUUUUGGGUUAGGACAGUUCUCCAUCCUCUUUCAAUUCCUA